UUUGUUGCUGAUGGACACUGAUCAGUCGCCAUUCUAACGCAAGGUGGCUAGGUUUGUACGAGGGCGACCAUAUCGGGUGGCGGAGUCCACCACUUUUCCCCGUCAAUGCCUGAUUUACUGACAGCUUCCGCCUGUGUUAUAAAUUAGCGUCCGUGCAAACUCAGCUCCAUGCACCAUUAAAACGUGGCAAGGCGCUAGAGAGUUAACGAUGAGAAAGUUCACUCUUUCCCGGCAGAGAGGCGGGCCGGCGCGAGGGGCUGUUUUUCGGGUAUCAGCGCAGCUUUUUACUGGGUCUGAAAACCAUUCAAGUUCCCUCGCUGCGCCGCAGGUGUGCCUUGAAACUUUCUUACGUUGAUUCGAAAAGAUUCCCCGCUUUUCGAGUGUCUUGAGGCCGAUUUUUUCCGGCGAUGAUGUGACGGGGAAACGGUCCGGGUUGUGUUUGCGCUGUUUUCAUUUUUCGCGUUUCAGUGCGCCGUUUCUCGUGUCGCGUCCUCAUCCCCUGUUUUGCGGAAAAGCAGCGUUGUCGCGUUGUCUGGGCUUUUUUUCCUUUCUUGAAAUCCUUUUACCUAGUGUCAGCUUCCCCCGUAAGCAUCCUUCUUGCGACAGAAGCGGGACGUACAAUGCUGGGGGCUUAGCUCACCUUGGCUCCACGUCAUCUCAACGAGGUGAGGAGUGACCCCUGUCGCCGCUGUUCGGAGAACCGCGAGUUUUCUCCCAUCUUUUCCUUCGUUCUAGUUUUUUUCCGUCAUCUUAACCAGAAACGGUCUGGAAUUUAGGUUCGGGCCUCGUUCAACGUGGAAACCUUUCGCAGCGACACAAGCUGUGCGUCUCAGCCGCAUUCAUUUCGUUGUCCGUCACCAACUUUUUUUUUACUGGGACUAAUGUCUGCUUCUUUCGACACCAUUUGCUUUUGCGAGCGCGAUCCAUGCGGACAAACCCGGUAUCUAUUUCACGAACUGACGUUCAACUCGUUGGGCAGUCCCGCCGCAGUGAUCCGGAACUUGUGCUACGCAGCGAAUGACUCAAAAACCCUCAGGGUUUCCGCGUGCUGUUGUCAGAUCAGAGGCAGGGAGCCCGUGUUUGUCACUUCUGGACAAAGUGUUCACAAAGGUUUGCAGUUUCGUCGCGGGAUUUCUUCUCUCCCUCGUUUUUCGGCAUGUCCAACGUGUGGCCUCGAGGCGCCUUUUCAGUAACACAGUGUGCUCGGCUUCUUCUGUUCACAUCGCGAUUCGUGUUUAGAGGGUUCCAGCGUGCGUCCCCGAUUUCGGGGCACGUUUCCCUCCAAACCAUCUAUCAUUUCUUGCCUCUUGCGAAGAAAGACUAGGCGGAAUGCUCCGCGGCCUUCAGCUCUGUGUGAGGCAGAGGCAUCGCGGUGUCCGGUUUCUCGACGCCGCACGGCGUUCGGCCGUCGUUCCCCUGUUCAAGCCGCCCACAUUGAUCUUGUUUGUGGAGGCACAAACACAAUCUGUGUUUCUUCUCAUUUCAUCCGCGUUCGAUUUCGUAUUUCCCCAGCGUCUGUGUUUUCCACGUUGAGGACCUCCCCGCCACCGCAGUUCCCUCAUGCUUGGUUCGCGUCGCUUUCCCCGGCGUUUUAUCCGCAUUUUCCUUGGCUUUUCUGCAACCCCCUUCCCCAGCCUGCAUCUCUUACUCGUGUCGCGUUUUUUCUCCGCGACUGCGCCAGCUCUUGCGCAUCACCCGGCGCACACCGGCAAAAUACAACGCGUGCGCCCGACGGAGACUCGAACGGGGUGUCUUGCAAACCAUGCGUAACAUUGGAUCUGUUUUUCUUCUGUGAAUGGUCAGAGGCCCUCAAGAUCUAAGAAACCAAGCGUUCAGACCCAGCCGAUAUCGCCAAAGCUAUGGCAGAUAUCCCCGGCGGGUCCCUGAGGGCAGCCUCAGCUGCCGUUUCCUCUGAGAGCGUCUCUGCCUUGGCCGUCGACACAGACACGGAUUUGUCUGCGUUGUGGCCGGUCGGCGUGUGUGUCAUCAUAGUGGGUAGUUUCGCGGGCGCGGCGGGGGACAUUUUGAUUCGUCGCUCUUUUCUGCGGAUGGGCGGGUGUCUGCGUCUGGGCAGCGUCGUGAAGAAUCCGGGGUGGGUCUGGGGGAUGCUUCUGACCGCCGUUCUGGACCCCAUCAGCACGUUUGUAGCGCUGCUCUUUGCGCCUGCCACGAUCGUCGCACCCUUCGCGGGCAUGCACAUUUUCUGGGGCUGCGUUCUCGCCGUCGUCUGUCUGAAGGAGCGAAUGCGAGUGUGGGACGUCGCCGGUGCGGCGCUUAUCAUCUUGGGCAUCACGCUGAUCGUGAUUUUCUCGGGCAAGGAACAGGUGAUAUCGUCCGUCUCAGACUUCGCGACCUACCUUCCCCUCCCGGGGGCCAUCGCCUACAUGUGCGUGACGAGCGCGGUGUCUUUGGUGGCCAGCCUCUUGUCCGCAGAUCGGGUCAUUGCGCGACUCUUUCCGCCUUCUCAGCACCCUGGCCAAGGCAUGGUCGUGCAGAGAAUCGCGCUCUCGAGCGCCUCAGGGAUCGUGGGGGGAGCGACGAACAUCGGAGCCAAGGCGUUGGUUAUCGCACUCGCGGGCUUCCUGGCCCACCCGCGGGAGACCCUCGCGUCGUGGUCGACCUACCUGAUUGUUUUCAUCGCAGCUUUUCUCGGCCUCUUUCAGCUCUACUACUUGAACAUGGCGCUGCGCAAGUACGAGGCGAGCUACGUGGUGCCAAUGAUCAACUCGUUCUUGAUCGCGUCCGGCUCUGUCGGCGGCAUCCUCAUUCUGCAGGAACACCCCGACAACUGGGCGGCCUUCUUCUGCGGCCUCUCCCUUGUCGUUUGCGGCGUCUUCGUCCUCUCGGGGAGCAAAGCUGCGGGGCCAGGUGGCUCCUCCGGGGCCUCGGGGCCGCGCAUGCAGGCCUCGAUCGCCGCGGGCGAACUCGUGCGCCUCGCGAGCUUCGUCUCUUUCGGAGACAACGGUGCAGACGCCUAUGAGCCCAAACGCUCCAGGCGACACUCUCUUCAGCUUGGCAGUCGCGACUUCUCGACACCGAAAGGAGAAGAACGCGUAGGCGGGGGCUUGAGGGCGGUCGGGGAGCUGGGGAAAACGAGCCCUAGAAGUGAGAGGGAGGAGGAAGCAGCAGAAAGGAGGUCACGGUCUAGACACUCUGAGGCGCUAGAAGAGACGCUCGGGAAGUCCGAGUGUUCCCGAGAGCGAGCUGCCGUCGACGGGCGACGCAGUUGCCUCGCGUCGCGUGGGAAAGGUGGCGUGGACGGCGGAGACCGUGCGGAAGAAGAUUUAGAAGCCGCGGUGAGCCACGACGACGAGGCGGCGGAACGCCCUCCGACGCGAUACAGAGAGCAACCACUGGUUCGCGGCGCAGCGGCUGCUUCUCAGGAAGAAGAAGAGUUGAAAGGAAUGUCGGGUUCAGACGUUCAAAAUGCAAGGAAAAACGGCAACGCCAGCAGAACUGGAGACACACAUGUGGGGCAGGAGGGCCUUCGUUUGCGGGAGGAAGCCAGGCCUAAGUCUCCGGUCGGACGUCACACGCGCGGAGAGGUUCCGCCUUUCGUACGCGCCCUCUCGGCGACGGGAGAGAGUUGUGGUUGCGAGAGUGACGCGGGACGUUUCGAGGGACGAGCGCCCACACCCGAGGUGUGUAGACAGGUGAGCGAACGAAGAGGCAGGACGGAAAAGAAUGCGUCCGACCGAGGAGCCACUUCCCCGCGCCGUGUGAGUAAGCUGAGCAGUUCAAACAAGUUUUUGCGGCACGCGUCGCCAGAGAGGAGCAGAGGGAAAGGCCGAGGCGUAGAUGAAGUCAGGGGAGACAAAAUACAGGCAAACGGAGUUGAGAGGCUCCGGCUGUCGUCGAGCGCGAAAGACCUCACGGGGGGGAGGCGGCACAUGUCGCGGGAAAGGUCGGUUUCUCGAGAUCGACUUCCGAGGCACAACAACCCAGUGAAAGCGGCAGCCUGUCACUGGAGAAGCGCCUCGCCCGGAAAUCUGCCAGGUGUACGUACACCCGACUUCGCCGGCGACUGGACACCCGACGCGGCCAGAAGUCGGGAGUGUCACAGCGAGUUCCGGAGUGGUGACACACCCCGGAAUCAACGAAAGAGUGCGUUUUGAGUCAUUCACUCAAAAUGGAAGUCUUUUCAAGACUCUGUCCUCCGCGUCGAGCGGAAACGGCGAGAGACGCCCGCCUCGGAGUGUCUCAUCGUCUCGGUAACGAGGGCAGAGUGUCCUCGGAGAGUGUGGCACAGCCAAGACCAGCGGGCCACAACUUGACAGUAAGGCAAACUUAUGCCGUGUCGCAGCGUUUUGGGCGUCGAACUCGAAAAUCGUCAACUCGAGUGCAGAUGCGUUUUGACUCUUGUGCGCCAUUUCUGUCGUUCAGGCGUAUGAGGAACAGGGAUCAGGAAGAAGGGCACCCGGCGGGUCCGGGACGCGUGACAAAUGGAACACUUUGUGGUAGAGGGAGGACAUGUGCGAGUGUCGAAACGGGAAGACGCACCGAGGAACCAGUGUGAAUUUGAGACUUUUGUCUCCUGCCUCUUGGCAGUCAAGCGCAUGCGGUGUGCUCGAGGUGCUUUGACAAGCUGCAUAAAACGGAUUUGCGAUGGCUUUUCCCGUCGGAGAGAAAUGUGUCUGUUUGCGUUUGUGAGUCUGUCUCUGGGGAUGGGGUCCCGGGGUCAUUGCGGCAAGAAGCUGACUCGGCCUUUUUUACGAGGAAAAUGUGUUUUGUCGAAAAUGCUUUUUCGCGACUCUCCUGCGCCGACGAUCGCUUUUACCCCACUGUUGCCUGCUGCCCUUGUUGAGGCACACAGACAACUCGAAGAACAACUGUCUUUCUCUGAGUGUGUCUCUCCCUCGUUCGUGUGUAUGUCAGCCCUGCGUGUCGCGCAGGUCUCGCCACUCCUGCUGUCUGAGCUGUAGGUUCGUGUGUCACCGGUGAAAGCUUGAAAACGGACUCCGUUUGGCUUUAUUCAAUGAAGCCGUCUAGUUUCAAGUUCUUCAGCUGCCGCUGCAGAGCGUUGAGCAGCGAGACCGGAAGAUGCGCGGAACGCCGGAUCGAGUACGGCCGUCUCUUGUCUCUCCAAGUGCCGAAAAGCCAGAGAAAUGAGAGGAUGAGUCGGAGAAACUCUCUGAAAAAGAACGCUCCUCGUCUGUGAGGAUUGGACCAGAAAAGUGCGCUAAGACUCGCGCUGUUUCUGGAGCCGAGGCUAUCCAGACUGAGGGAUAUGACGGUGAAUUCGUCAAGUCCAGCUCAUCAGUGUGUCGAAGAGGAAGGCGACAGAAUUGUGCCGUCAGGUUUUGUUUUCGUUUUGCCGUACCGCUAGUGGGUUUCGCAGGACGGCAACUGAAAGCUUUUUCUUGUUAAGGACGGCACUGAAACCUGCGGGGAUGGACGUUUUUGCUGGCCACGAUGUACAGAGAAAGGUUUUUUUUCGUUCAAAGAAAAAGGGAAAUGUGGAUCUCCAGACCGUGCGUGUUAAGCGAGUGUUAAGGGAGGAAAAAGGGAGGAACAGGCUUGACAUUAGGCUUCCGCGUCUCAAGAAUGUGGGAAAGAGAAGGCUGCCAGCACACGCGAUACGUUUUGCUUUAUAGUCCGUGUGUCUGCAGUCUAGAACCGCCUCGUGUCAAACACUUCGAACAGCGAAAACUGUGGCUAAUUUCCUCCUCGAUGUUAUCCGCCGUGGACGCGCAUGUGGCAAAAGCCGUUCGUGGAAGUGAUGCGGAAUCUGCUUUACUCUAAUGUUGAACAAAACACGUUUUUUCGGAAGCCUGUCAUGUAAAUGUUCGUCUGCCACGGCCUGCCCCAGAAACGUGCAAUUCUUUGGAGCAUGCUGCACGGUGUUUCCCGACGACAACGGAUGACGGUGUUACUUUUCCCUGCUACAAUUUUUCCGCUUGACAUUCGCAC